CAACUUUCAUGAUAAAACAUCUUUUCCCCCAAAAAAAUGAUUCGUCGUCUUAGAAAAUGCUCUUUCUAUCUCAAGUCAUUUUUUUAUGUUAUAUAAUGAUGUUAGUGAAAAUCAUUCAAUAUCCUCAAUGGUUAUAGGUAACUUCACGGAUGACAAGAUACACAUUUCUAUUUUAAUUGAUAGUGAACGGGGUCUUUUAUACAUGGAUAGUCUUCUGAAAUCCCUUUUUUAUUAUCAGAAACGAUUUCAUUUUGACUUUAAACAAUGUUGUAUAUCCGAUCUCUGUGAUAAAAUCAGCGACGAUUCCUCACAUUAUAAAGAUAGAAUGUUACAUAUUUAUCCAACUGUAUUUCAUAUUUUAACAAAUAAUAAGUCCAGCAGUUAUUUGAUCCAUUUUCUAAAUAUGUGGAAAUUGCAUAAUGUGGAGUAUUAUUUUUAUGAGUACAACACGUAUUUGGUCAUUGUACUUGAUCUCGAUAUGAUUCUUAACACUAACAUUGUUGAACUAUGGAAUCACUUUGAGAAAUUUCCAGAAACCCAGGUGAUAGGCAUUGGGUUGGAACAAAAUCCGUAUUUUCAAGAAGUUAUGAAAAAUUUAAUCAGUGACUGGGAAGGUUACGGAUAUAAUGGUGGGAUUUUAUUGUUCGACUUGUCACAACUACGUUUGAUGAUGUGGAAUGAUAUAUGGUUGAGCAUAACUGUACACUUGUUGCAAAUUAAAGGAUACCUAAUCACAGGAGAGCAAGUGAGUCGAAACACAUUACGAAUACAUGACAUUUUAAACACAGUCAAUGCCCAAAUAAAGACAUUUCCUUAACACUGUUAUGCAGAUUGAUUCUGUCAAUUAUCAUAGAUAUGACUGUACGGAUGUUCAUUUCAAUGCAUUUCACAUCAUAUGGUUCUUUUUAGUUGAUAAUAAAACUAUCCUGGCAAUACGUUUUUGAGCCUUAUUAAUGAGUUAUUCUUGCCUGUAAAGAACGUGUUCAUUAUGGAGAAACCAAAUUAUAUCAUUCUCAGAAAUUCCCUUAAAAUUGUUGGGGAUUUUGUUAUGAACACUUCUUCUGCUCCUUUUUCUCUUACAAUAUUAAAAAUCAGGAAGUUUACUUCUCAAAUGAUUACUAUAAAUAAUCUGAUAUUGGUUUCUGAAGAAUUCUUUCAACAAGUGGGCGAUACUUCUUUGAUUAUAAUUAUGUUUCAUGUCUCUCUAAAUGUUAUUAAUCUUACAAAUGAAAAACUGAAUAGUGCAAUUUGAACCAUCGAUUUUAAUUAGUAAUGAAUUGAGAGAAAGAACUCGAUAUUACAAAUAUUUUACUGUAUUAAAAUCUGUCAAGAAGUUUAGUAUCAAUAAUAACUCGGCACAAUUUUAAAAUUUCUAAGAUUUUAACAAUAACAAAGUUUAAGAUUACGCUCGAACUCAAGAGUGUUGUAAAAUUUGGUUCCAUAAUUAGUAAUUCAGAUCGAUUCUUCAUUGAAUACUGCUCUCAAUGUUCCUAUUUAAGAACUGUUAUACGAAUAUCAAAUCAGAGUAAAACGAUUGCUUGUACAGACCUACACUGAAGCUAGUUUCUGUGUUUCGGUUUGAACUUCUUCACAUGUGUAAUGUAAAAUAAUGCAAUGCAGAUAUUUCGAUAAUAAAAUUUAUUUACG